CCGUGAUUGGUCGUGGCAGUCCGUUCCGCAAAUCCCGUUCCUCGUGUUCACCUCGCGUUUCUAGCUAUACAAUAUGGCCGCACUUGAUCUGUUCGUUUCUUUAUGCUCGAUCAUGAGCGUUCUUAACUCGUUACACGUCGCGAACGAGACGCGUGUAAAUAAUGUAAAUAUCGUAAAAUUAAUAGACGUUUGAUUGAAUUCGCUCGAAAUUUUCUUAGUCGCUCCAAAUUUGCUGGCUCUUCAUCAUGGCUGAUAAGAGACAGCAGAGCUUGUCAAAAGAGGAAAUAGCGAAGCAGUUUAUGCUGCCGGAGAGGAAGAGCAAAAUCGCGACGUUAUUGAAACAGGACGGCCAAGCAUAUUGCAUUUGUAGGAGCUCCGAUAGUUCCCGUUUUAUGAUAGGCUGUGAUGCGUGCGAAGAGUGGUAUCAUGGUGACUGCAUAAACAUAACUGAGAAAGAUGCCAAACAUAUUAAACAAUUCUUUUGCGUCCGUUGCAGGGAAGAAGAUCCAACCUUAAUAACACGGUACAAACCGCGCAGGACAGAUCAAGAGGACAGGAAACACAAGAAGUACAAAGAGAAGGAGAGAGGACAUCGGUACGAAUACGAUGCGCCUUGGGACCCGACCGUGGAGAAGAAAUCUUCGAAGCGUUGCGGCGAGUGUACGGGAUGUCAGCGUACGGAGAAUUGUGGGAAGUGCGACGCCUGCAGACAUCUGAAGAAGUUCGGGCCCUCCGUGCGACUGAAGCUCCGAUGCAUUCAGAGGACCUGCCGCAUAAUGGGGGAUCCGCUGAAGCCGUCGAAGUGUCUCAACAAAGGUGCGAAAUUCAUCAAGAAGCGGAAGAGGGACUCGAGUAACGAGAGAAACGAGUACCUGGAGCCGCCGCGCCACUGCUACGGGCCGGCGUGCACGAAGCAGUCACGGCCCGGCAGCAAGUACUGUUCCGACGACUGCGGCAUGAAGCUAGCUACCAGCAGGAUUUACCAGGUACUGCCGCAACGGCUGCAGGAAUGGUCGCUGACCGCGUGCAUCGCGGAGCAGAACAACCGGCGCGCACUGGAGAACGUGAGGAAGCAGCAGCACGACGUUCGCAGGAUACUGCAGGAACUGGACAAGCGACACGUCGAAUUGGACCGCAUCAUCGAGCGCGCGAAACACGCGAGCAUCGACCCGCACGCCGAGGUGGACGACAACGACGACACGGAGAUGAGCAUGUACUGCAUCACGUGCGGCCACGAGAUCCACUCGAGGACCGCUAUCAAGCACAUGGAGAAGUGUUUCAACAAGUACGAGUCGCAAGCGUCCUUCGGCUCGAUCUUCAAGACGCGCAUCGAGGGCCAGGUGAUGUUCUGCGACUUCUACAACCCCGUGAACAGGACCUACUGCAAGAGGUUGCGCGUACUCUGCCCGGAGCACUGCAAAGACCCGAAGAUCGGCGACAGCGAGGUGUGCGGCUGCCCGUUGGUCACGAACGUGUUCGACGCCACCGGCGAGUUCUGCCGGGCGCCCAAGAAGAGUUGCGUCAGGCACUACAUGUGGGAGAAGUUGCGCCGGGCGGAGAUCGACAUGGAAAGAGUGAGGCAGUGGCUGAAGAUCGACGAGCUCGUCGAGCAGGAGAGGCAGAUCCGAUCGAACAUGGCGACGCGUGCCGGCGUGUUGGCCCUCAUGCUGCACUCCACUUACAAUCACGAGCUGAUGGAGCAGAUGACGCAGGAGCAGAACAGAGAGCAGUUGGAGGCGAUGGAGAAGGAGUUGCAGAGGAGAUACAUUUUGCAUCAGAAAGAGCAAAACGUGGAGCAGUGAUUAUUCGCGAACGGUCCUCCUCCUCAUCCCGUUUAAUAUCCCGUCGUCAUUCGUCGUCGCCGUUGUAUCUUCGAUUCUCCCUUCUUAGCCGUAUUUUUCUUAAUAUCUUCGCUCUCUCCAAAGGCUGCAUGUAUGUAUAUUUAUUAUAUAACACGUCUUACUGCGACACGAUCGGUAGAGCGUGUCCAACAGUUGUCGGUAUAGUGAUCAAUAUUGAUAAUUCGCGACGAAGUCGAAGGUUUACGAAAGUCGAUCGAUGAUUGCGAAUGUAUAGUGUAAUAUAACGUGUGUGUACCUGUGUUAGUACAACUGCGCGUGCGAAAUUAAAAUAAUUUUUAAAAAAUUAUAUGUAUAUAUAUAGUACUUUCGAGCCACCACUUGUAUCUGCCAUUUUUCAAUAAACUUGCAUCGGACACGUCA